AUGUUAUCCAAAUCAUCAUCUAUCCCCAAUACACAUUUUCUCAGCCAUCAAAUAGACUCUUCCCUCAAGACAAUGCAUGUCUCGGGGCCCGUUGGAUUCUUGAAUCCGACGCGCAUGCAUUUCAAGCCCACGCUUAAAGGGAGAAAGGAAGACAAACCGGCGCAAUCGAUCAGUCCAAAAGAGCAGCCAGAGGAAGUAAAAACUCGCAGACAGCCCAAAAUCGAGUUUCUCUGGCGGUCUCGCGACAAUCGCAAGGGUCGUCAUGCAGUUCGCAUUCGAUACUCUCUCAAGCAUCAUGGGCUGGGACACAAGCUUCCACCAAGCACUAAUACUGUCAAAGAGGUAGUCCGCGGUCUUAUUCGUAUGGCAACAUAUUUCCCAUAUUGGGACGUAUCCUGGCUCGUCGGGACAAUCUUCACGCUUGGAUCUGCGGUGUGGGUUAUCAAUGCAUUCUUCGUCUGGCUACCGCUCCAAAAACCCUCGACCGAGUUUCCAGGCGAAGUCGAUGUCGCUGGUGGAAUCUCAGCAUUCAUCGGCGCCACCAUUUUCGAAAUCGGCAGUGUUUUGUUGAUGCUCGAAGCAGUCAACGAAAAACACUCUUCUUGUUUCGGCUGGGCCGUCGAAACGGUCGUCAAAAGACUUGGGCCGCACGAAGACCUAACCAACGCGACAGAAGUCACACCCAUCGCGUACCAAGACUGCAAGCAUCAUCACUCCAAGAGACGAUCCUUACUACAUGACGGGCUCAAGGUGGUUUCUCCCGAUGAGCAGAGAAUGUUCGAGUGGUUGCCUUCGAUCGCAGAAUUGCAGACUCACUACUUUCAUGAACUCGGGUUUCUGGCUUCAUUUGUGCAGCUGAUUGGUGCUACGAUUUUCUGGAUUGCUGGGUUCACCGGCCUGCCGGGGAUUGCUAAUCAUAUGAGUCAGGGUUUGACGGAUGGUGUGUAUUGGGUUCCGCAGAUGGUGGGUGGGUUUUGUUUCGUUCUCAGUGGUUUCCUGUUCACCGUCGAAACACAACCGAAAUGGUACAUCCCAGCUCCAGGCAUUCUAGGCUGGCACGUAGGAGCCUGGAACUUCAUUGGAGGAAUAGGCUUUACACUCUGCGGCGCCCUCGGCCCAGGAUCCGCAUCCUCUGGAGUGGAAUACCAGGCUUGCCUAGCUACGUUCUGGGGGUCAUGGGCUUUCUUGGUUGGUUCUGGGAUACAAUGGUACGAGAGUUUGGACAAGUUUCCAGUCGAGACGGAUGCACCGAGCUCGGAUGAAGGCGAAAGUGAUGAGGCGAAAGUAUAA